AUAACCGAGUCCCCGUGACGUCAGGCGCCGGGUCAGCCUUCCAUUUGGGACACGUGACGAGCGGCAGGUUGUUACUUUGUUGCCGAGCCCGGGCGAAGGUUGGAAUUGGCCGCGUGAUGGGGAGCAGUACAGCGCUGAAAGAGUGGGCUGCAGCAAUUUCACUGACAAUCGGUGCUGCAGCUGUUGGUUACGUGGCAUACAGAGCUUUGUAUUCAAGAGACAAGGGCUGUAAGUCUCUGGUUAACCUAGACAUCCAGAAGGAUACACCUAAAGUAGUUCAUGCAUUUGAUAUUGAAGACAUGGGAGACAAGGCUGUGUAUUGUAGAUGCUGGAGAUCUAAAGACUUCCCAUUUUGUGAUGGGGCUCAUACUAAACACAAUGAAGAAACUGGAGACAAUGUAGGGCCAUUGAUAAUAAAGAAAAGGGAAGCCUAAUUCAAGGAUGAUUUUUAAAUCUGUAAAAUGUGUUUUAAUGCUCAAGUGAUUGCUGCACACCACCUUUGCUGGUCUAAAAUGAAAUAGAUGUAUAAAUGUGUGGUACAGACUUUAAAAUUUCAGCACUGUUUGACAAUGGAAACACUAAUUUUGGGUAAGACCAUUAAGAUGUUCUUUUUAAUGUCUGUUUUGUAAUUUAUUUGUGUUUGUAAAGUGAAAUAAUAUACAGUGAUACCAUGUCAAAUGAUUUUCUUCAGAAUGUAGUUUACAAAAAGAACAUUAUUUUGAUCACUUUACCAGGGUCAAAUGAAUAAACGAUUGAAACUUG